AUGCUGAGGCAGAGCAAAGAGAGGCGGCGGUCUUGGAGCUACAAGCCCUGGAACACCUGGGAGAGUGAGGACGCCAACGCCAGCGACAGCGGCCAGCACCGCAGGAGCAUCUGCUCCGUGGGCGCCCGUUCUGGCUCGCAGGCCAGCAUCCCCCCGUGGAUCGAGGGCAACUACAACUACUACAUCGAGGAGGAUGAGGACGGCGCGGAGGAGGAGGACUGGAAGGAGGACCUGGCCGAGGAGGCCCAGCAGGUGGAGGAAGCCGCCACCGUCCAGCCCGACGAGCACAGCGACACUCCCGCCCAGAUGUCCACGCUGAACGUGAACGUGGGCGGCCACAGCUACCAGCUGGACUACUGCGAGCUGGCCAACUACCCCAAGACACGCCUGGGCCGCCUGGCCACCUCCACCAGCCGCAGCCGCCAGCUGGGCUUGUGCGACGACUACGAGGUCCAGACUGACGAAUACUUCUUCGACCGCGACCCGGCCGUCUUCCAGCUCAUCUACAACUUCUACGUGUCCGGGGUGUUGCUGGUGCGCGACGAGCUGUGCCCGCGCAGCUUCCUGGAGGAGCUGGGCUACUGGGGCGUGCGGCUCAAGUACACGCCACGCUGCUGCCGCAUCUGCUUCGAGGAGCGGCGCGACGAGCUCAGCGAGCAGCUCAAGAUCCAGCGCGAGCUGCGCGCCCAGGCGCAGGCCGAGGAGGCCGAGGAGCUCUUCCGGGACAUGCGCUUCUACGGGCCGCAGCGGCAGCGCCUCUGGAACCUCAUGGAGAAGCCCUUCUCGUCCGUGGCCGCCAAGGUCAUGGGCGUGGCCUCCAACCUCUUCGUGCUCAUCUCGGUCGUGGCGCUGGCGCUCAACACGGUGGAGGAGAUGCAGCACCAGCCAGAGCAGGGCACGGGCGGCGGCGACCCGCGGCCCAUCCUGGAGCACGUGGAGAUGCUGUGCGUGGCCUUCUUCACGCUCGAGUACCUGCUGCGCCUUGUCUCCACGCCCGACCUGCGGCGCUUCGCGCGCAGCGCCCUCAACCUGGUGGAUCUGGUGGCCAUCCUGCCGCUCUACCUGCAGCUGCUGCUGGAGUGCUUCACUGGGGAGGACCAGGGCCACGGCAAGGGCUCGCAGCGGGAGCACGACCUCGAGACGGUGGGCCGCGUGGGCAAGGUGGGCCAGGUGCUGCGCAUCAUGCGUCUCAUGCGCAUCUUCCGCAUCCUCAAGCUGGCCCGCCACUCCACUGGCCUGCGCGCCUUCGGCUUCACCCUGCGCCAGUGCUACCAGCAGGUGGGCUGCCUGCUGCUCUUCAUCACCAUGGGCAUCUUCGCCUUCUCCGCCGCCGUCUACUCCGUGGAGCACGACGUGCCCGGCACCAACUUCACCAGCAUCCUGCACGCCUGGUGGUGGGCGGCGGUGAGCAUCUCCACUGUGGGCUAUGGAGACAUGUACCCUGAGACCCACCUGGGCAGGCUUUUUGCCUUCCUUUGCAUUGCUUUUGGGAUCAUUCUCAACGGGAUGCCCAUCUCCAUCCUCUACAACAAGUUCUCCGACUACUACAGCAAGCUCAAGGCUUACGAGUACACUGCCAUUCGUCGGGAGAGGGGAAAGGUGAACUUCAUGCAGAGAGCCAGAAAGAAGUUGGCCGAGUGUUUGGCUGGAAGCAACACACAGCCCACUCCAAGACAAGCUAAUUAA